CUGACUGGACAACAGAGCUACCGUAGGUUAAAGGUAGGGGCGUUUGAGCCCGCCCCGCCGCUUGAGCAUACUGGCGGAAGGGGAAGGGGAGCUGGUAGGUGGCGGUGGGGAAGAUGGCGUACCAGAGCCUGAGGCUGGAGUACUUACAGAUUCCACCGGUUAGCCGCGCCUACACCACCGCUUGCGUCCUCACCACAGCGGCUGUGCAGUUGGAAUUGAUCACACCUUUUCAGUUGUACUUCAACCCUGAAUUAAUUUUUAAACACUUUCAAAUAUGGAGAUUAAUCACAAAUUUCUUAUUUUUUGGGCCAGUUGGAUUCAAUUUUUUAUUUAACAUGAUUUUUCUAUAUCGUUACUGUCGAAUGCUAGAAGAAGGCUCUUUCCGAGGUCGGACAGCAGACUUUGUAUUUAUGUUCCUUUUUGGUGGAUUCUUAAUGACUCUUUUUGGUUUAUUUGUGAGCUUAGUUUUCUUGGGCCAGGCCUUUACAAUAAUGCUCGUCUACGUGUGGAGCCGAAGGAACCCAUAUGUCCGCAUGAACUUCUUUGGCCUUCUCAACUUCCAAGCCCCUUUUCUGCCCUGGGUGCUCAUGGGGUUUUCCUUAUUGUUGGGGAACUCAAUCAUUGUGGACCUCUUGGGUAUUGCAGUUGGACACAUAUACUUUUUCUUGGAAGAUGUAUUUCCCAAUCAGCCUGGAGGAAUAAGAAUUUUGAAAACGCCAUCUAUUUUGAGGACUAUUUUUGAUACACCAGAUGAAGACCCAAAUUAUAACCCACUACCUGAAGAACGUCCUGGAGGCUUUGCCUGGGGUGAGGGCCAGCGCCUUGGAGGUUAAAGCAUCCUUGCCAGUAAUGAGACCCAGCUGGGAAAGACUCAGUGAAUUACACAUUGGGAUUCUUUUAUCCUUUGUUGCAAAAGUGUGGACACUUUUGACAGCUUGACAGAUUUUAACUCCAGAAGCACUUUACAGGAUGGUACACUGACUAAUCCAGAAGAUAUUUCCAGCGUUUUGCCAGUGCUUCCUCACUACACUGGUACUGAAAGUGUAAUCUCUUGGAGCCAAAAAACUGGAGAAACAGUUAUCCUGCUGCCUCCUAACAAGUACAUGAGUACUUGUGAUGGUGUAAGGCAGGCCUUUUCCUUCCUCUUCUUUGAUAGAUGAGGCCAUGGUGUAAUGGAAGUUUCAGAGAGGACAAAAUAAAACUGAAUUCCAUCUCUCUUUCACUGUAUUAAA